UGAAGAACGAAGUUCAAGUUCUUUCACACGCCAUCAGUCUUCUUCUCAUUUCUCACCAUGUCCACCCCACAGGAAAUCUUUAAGGCGCUCGCUUCCAUCCCCUCCUACACAGAUGCCACCGUCCUACCCAAUUCCACUGAGAACACCCUCAAUAUUCAGGUGUCGCUCUCACAAAGAGACCUCGAGAGAAACGUCAGGCGCAAGUUCACCCGUACGGUUGUGGCCUCAAUCCAAGAGAAGUCUAAACCUCUGAUCCUUACCGGUCCUUCUAUUGACACGGGUGAUGCUAUUGCCCAGGCCGUGUCACCCUCGGGCAAUCUCACAGUCGUCCUCCGCUCUGUCGCUGGUGAAAAGAAAAAGCAUUUUGUUGAGAUCUGGUCCGAGGGCUCCAUCCUUCAUCUUUUGGAGACUACUUCAAGUCACGAUGACUUUUAUGCCGAUUCAACAUUUGGCACGCUUGAGUGGUCCCGCGAUGAGACCAAAAUUGUUUAUGUUGCAGAGCGUAAGAAAUCUGAAGAUGCAGUCGAGAAAUACAAUUACAGACCAGACUGGGGAGAGACCUUUACGGGAAAGCGCGAACCAACGCUUGUGGUUGUCAACCUUGACAACUUUGAGGUGAAAGCCCUGGAUCGCUUUGAAGGAGACAUGAGCCCUGGACAGGCCAUCUUCUCUCAUGACUCCAACUCUCUCAUCUUUACUGGUUACCACCGCGACCCUCAAUUCUUUGGCAUCGUCUACUGUCAAAACAGACUUACUGGCCUGUAUCAGGUCAACAUUGACGGAUCCGACUUCAAGACCUUAACGGAUGAGCUCAAGAGUGCAAGGUCUCCUAGACUGAACAAAGAUGGAUCGACUUUGGUCUUCUUAUCAAACGCGGUUAACGGACCUCAUGCUAGCUGUGCCAAGCUGUGCAAAAUUGAUAUCGCCUCCGGGAAGGUCUCUACCGUCGUUGAUUUCGUCCACAAGGCUGAUACAAAGACCGGAUUCCCAGGACUAUAUAUUGACCAACUUCCCAAGCAGCUCUGGGUGUCGUCUACAAAGAUCAUUACCUCUUCUGCCUGGUGCUCACGUCGCACGCUGCUCUCAAUCGACAUCGAAUCGGGAGCUAUAGAGGAGCUGACUCCUAAGGUGCAACACCCAGGAUCAACCACAGCUCUUUAUGCCGAUGCGCGCUGGGUUUUGACAACUUAUUCGACUCCUGUGGAGCCAUGGGUGCUGCUUUUAGGUCAGAUCGACGCAUCUGACAAGGACCACUCCGCAGGCCUCAAGGUACGCUUUUUCAAGUUAGAGAAAGCCAAGAAUGUCAAGGCCAGACCGUUUUAUGAGUCGCAUGCAUGGUCGCUCGUGGAUAAUAUUCCUGGUCAGCUAGAGAGUUUGGAGGCUCUUUAUCUGGAGCCGUUUAGGUCUGGUAGUGAUGCAGAUGCCCAGAACAAGAGUGCUGUGAGUGGAUCUAAGCCGCCGUUGGUGAUCUUUCCUCAUGGCGGACCCCAUUCUGGAUUUGCGGCCGAGUUUUCGGUGCUCAACUUGGUCCUUUUGAGUCUCGGCUUUGCAGUCGCCAAUGUCAACUUUACGGGCAGUCUUGGAUUUGGCCAGGACAAUGUCGAGGCGCUAGUUGGCCGAGUGGGCGAGCUGGAUGUCAACGAAUGCCAGGCUGUUCGCGACUUUAUCAUUUCUCAGGGCCGGGUCGAUGGUGAACGCAUCGCCCUUACAGGAGGAAGCCACGGCGGAUUCAUCGUGGGCCAUUUACUGAAGGAUCCCAGCUACAAAGCCGCGGUGUUCCGCAACCCUGUGACAGACAUUCCUGCGCUUACUGCCAUCUCGGACAUUGGCGAGUGGGGUUAUGCGGUUACUGGAUUGUCGUUCGAUAUGGCCUCGCCACCUUUAGCCACGCUUGCUGACCAGGAGGUGUUUAAGAAAUUGAGGGCUGCGUCUCCAAUGGAGCAUGUAGAGAGGGUGGUGGCUCCGACACUGAUGUUGCUUGGAUCGGGCGAUCGUCGUGUGCCUCCUAGUCAGGGUAUUUCGUGGUGGCAGGCGCGACAGAACAGGAUUAGACGUGAGAAGAUCAAGGGAGCAGUGAACAGGAUCCAGAUGUUUGAGGGCACAGGACAUGCGCUGGACUCUGUUGAGGCGGAGAGCAAUUCGACCUAUAGUCUUGCUAGCUUCCUGGUGGAAUUUACGCGUAAGGAGCAGGUUAUGGAGGAGGUCGGUCGUCAGGGCGAGGGAGGACGCGGCGCGUUUAUAUAAGGAAGCAUAGGCUACUAGAUUAUGCUGACAACAUAGACAAUACUAUUAAUAC